UAUACAGAAGGUAAUAAAGGUUGGUGAGCUGUAGAUUGUAUAGGUUAAUCACUCAAACAACUGGUCAUUAGGUUACAUUCACUAAUUUAAAAAACUAUUAGGCAAUAGAGGGAGGUGAAAGAAUGUUCAAAUCUUCAAAAGUAUCACUUUUACAGCUCUGGCUGUGAGUUGUCCUCUCAUUUGUAUUUUUUUCAUGGUUUUCAGCAAUAAUGCCAUCAUUAUUUGUGCUAACUCAUAAUUAUUAAAAACCAGAAGGAAAAAAAAUCUGCUUCAUGGUUUAUACUUUCCCCCAACUGUAUUAGCAAAAUAGGCACAUAGAUUUGAUAGGCAACAUGUACUGAUUGAAUGAUUAUACAGAUUUACUUCUAGAUAUACAUCCUUCCAAGUAUAUACCUGGUGUACUAUAAGCUACUGUAGCCCUUGGCAGAAUGCUAGUCAAACAGAUUAAGCACAUACAUAUUUAUGGCAAUUUGAAGAUACAGUUUCAACUUGCCCCAAAAAUUUUCAAUUAGUCAUUUGGCCAACUCAACGUAUAUGUAAAUUGCUGAUGUAAUUUUAGGCAUGCUUUACCUGACCCCGAUGCAUAAUAAAAUCCACUUGGCACAUUUAAAAUUCAGAAAUGUGGCUUGUUUUCAAUAUUGAAAAUUAUUUUUAUACUAUAACCAAUUAGUUACAUUGGGGAUUCCUCAUAUUUGAAUUAAUAUUAAAGAGAAGUUGACCUUUACAUUUAACUAUGUUAAUUCAGACUGUUAUCUUCAAAGUGCUGUAUCUUUCUUCUACUUUAUUCCUUCAAUAUGAUUCAGAAUGUGACAAGAGAAACUGAAAAAAUGUUUCAGAGAAGAAAUUUUUAUGAAGUUGCACUAUUUACAUUUCAAAGGCAAACAUUCUCUUGAUUUAAGGAUGUGGAAGUAAGUGCAAGUUAAUUUUCUGAAGAAAUUAUUAUAUUGAAUAGUGUAUUGCAGUUCAGAAAUAAAAGAUACACUAUAUCCGCUCUUCAAGAUUGACAAGAUUAAAAAAAAGGCAGGGAAAGGAAUGGACUUGUUGUAGGGCACAAUAAUAAAAUUUUGAAAACCUGUCAGUUUUCCCAAACCACCUCUUGCACCAAACAAAAUCAACAGGACAUUAAAUUUAUUUCUCAUACUUUUUCUCAAUGCUGAGUAAUGGUUCAUUGCUCAUUUCUUUUCCCAAACCAGAUUUAUAUUCUUUCACACAUAAUCACAGAGUAAAUUACUUAUUAAUUAUAGCUAAAUUAUCUUUUCUUUAGCAUUAUAGUUUUUAAGUUUAUCUUUCUAACCAACUAUAUUUUAUUGCUAAAAUAAGAUGAAAUAGUGUACAGAUUAAACAGAUGUGAUUUAAAUGCAUAAAGCACAAUGCCUAGCAAAAAUUUUCUCCAUUUAUUAUAAUCUCAUAUAAUCUGCCUGGGAAGGAAUGGUCAUUUGGUCUUCAGUAAUUUUUUGUUAACCCUUAAAUUGCUCAUACAAUUUUUCUGCCAUACCAAAUACAUGUCUGUUAAUAAAUUAACUUUCUUAGGGUUACCUGCUAUAUCUCCUGCAGAUUACUCAGCACUCCUUCCUUUUUACCACUUCCUUGUUGUAAGGUUUAUUCCUUCAGGAGUUACCGAUUGCAAAAAGCUAUGAAUAACAAUGACUGAUGCACAGUUAUUUUCCCCCUGUUCCAAGGAAAACUGUAAAGAAACAGAAGAUAUAAAUGAAAAUAUUUCAAUAGGCAUUCCCAACAAACAACGUAGUUGUGCUGCUGUAAAUACUCCAGCUUCAUGUGUUAAUAAAGUCAUUAAUCAAGUACAAGAUUUAGAAGUGAAAUUGGAAGAAUCUUUUCUGCAGCAUGAAGUUUUAUAUAAUUUGGAAAAACUUCCACGGGAUUUGGAUGCUAAAACUGUGAAAGAGACUGAAGUGAAGGCUGAACAGUCAUUGCACUGGAAAGAUAUUCAGUCUUUAAAGCAGAAAACUUCUGCUGUUGUAGCAGAAGUCACCGAGUUAAUUUCACGAUUAGAAAAUGAGCGUAAAGAUGCUGAAGAAGCCUUAGAGUUUGAGAAGCAACAGAGAAAAAAACUAUACCUAAAUUCAGAUAAACUGUCAUUUUGGAGAUUACAACAGCUUCCCAAAGCUGUUCAAAAAGAAUGGGAGAAAUGUUUGCAAGAUAUAAUAGAAUUACAGUGGCAUUUUGAAGAAAAAAAUGAGCAAUUACAUGAUGCCCUAAACCAACUGACAAAAAUAGAGGGAGCCAAUUCAGUGAUCAUCAAGCAGAUAAACUUUAUGAAGAAAUACAGCCCUCUGCUGGAAGAAAAGCUAUGUCAUGAAGAUGAAUCAAUAAAAGAAGUAAAAAUAUUAUUUGAUGAGGCAAAAGCUCAGUAUGAUACUGUUCAUCAGAAAUAUUUGGAAGUGCAAAUGUUUCAUGAAGAAGUUAAAGAAGAAUGUGAAAUAAAAAGACAAUAUAUGUUUCAACAAAUAGAAGCUGAUGAGACUACAAUAAAACAACUUAG